GUCGCUCCGCUCUCAGUCGCUCGCGCUCAGAGUCGGAGGAGUCCUCCUCUCUCAGACACUGCACUUGUUGUUGUUUUAUUGUUGUUGGUUUUGUUGUUGUUGUUGUUUAUUUGUUUGGUGGAUUUGUUUAUUUAUCCGGGGGACUUGUUGCUGUUUGUGUUGUUGUUGUUGUUAUUUAUGUUGUGCGGGACGGGUCAGAAUGGGACUGUCCUGCCUGUUACUGCUUUACUCUUUCACACUGCUGACCGCCAACACUGUCCAGCUCCCAGAGAGGGAGGACGGACAGAGCAGCCGGGGGACAAGCGGAGAGAGGGAGAGAAGAAGCGGAGGAGUGAACGGAGGAGUGAACGGAAUGGACAGAGCCAACGGAGGAGUGAAAGUCUCGUCAAUCAGGACGUCCAGCGUGGCUUUAAUCGGAGACUCUGCGCACAGUCAGGCGAGAGUGCUAUGGGCAGGACACAACAACAGCGUGAUCCUGAUUCUGACCAAACUGUUCGACUUUAACCUCGGCACCGUCACAGAGAGCUCACUCUGGAGGUCAGUGGACUUCGGUGCAACGUACGUGAAGUUAACUGAUAGGGUCAUCACUAGAACCAUGCUGAGCUAUAUGUACGUGUGUCCGACCAAUAAGAGGAAGGUAUUGAUCCUGUCUGAUCCAGAUGUAGAGAGCAGUAUAUUGAUCAGUUCAGAUGAAGGAGCCUCGUUUCAGAAGUACAGUAUUAACUUUUAUAUUAUGAGCUUCUUAUUCCACCCGACGCAGGAGAACUGGAUCCUGGCCUACAGCGACGACCAGAAGCUGUACAGCUCCAUUGACUUUGGGAGAAAGUGGAUUCUGGUGCAUGAGAGAGUUACCCCCGGUAGAUUCUAUUGGGCUCUGAGUGGGAUGGAUAAGGAGGCAGACCUGGUCCACAUCGAGGCUCAAACACCCUCUGGAUUGAUGCAGUAUGUAACGUGUCGAGCUCAGAGGUGCUCUGAGGGAAACAGACAGUAUCCAUUCAGCAGCAGAAUCGACACCAACUCUCUGGUCGUUCAGGAUGACUACAUCUUCCUACAGCUGACCACCGCGGGCAGGACCACUUACUUUGUGUCGUUUCAGCGAGGCCCUUUCAAACACAUCCAGCUGCCCAAAUACUGCCUGCCCAAGGAUAUGCAUAUCAUCAGCACAGAUGAUGGACAGGUGUUGGCAGCAGUGCAGGAGUGGAAUGAGAAUGACACAUACAGCCUGUACAUCUCCGACUCACCUGGGGUUUACUUUACCCGCUCUCUGCCCAACCUGCGGACGAGCCGAGGAGCCGCGGGAAACCUCAUCGUAGACGUUUACAAGGUGGCUGGAGUGGCUGGCAUGCUGAUAGCCAAUAAGAAGGAGGACAAUCGGAUGAAAACGUACAUCUCCUACAAUAAAGGACAGACGUGGAGCUUACUGCCAGCGCCGGCCAAGGACGCCUCCGGACAGGACAUCAGCUGCAGUCUGCCGUCCUGUUCCCUCCACCUUCACCUGCAAAUGUCAGAGAAUCCAUACACACCUGACACCAUCCUCACCAAACACACCGCGCCAGGACUCAUUGUCGCCAGAGGUAAUGUGGGAGUUGAGCUCUCUUUGACUCAGUCUGCCAUGUUCAUCUCCUCUGACGCAGGAAACACCUGGAGACAGAUAUUUGAAGAGGAACACAGUGUGUGGUUUCUGGAUAACGGAGGAGCUCUGAUGGCCAUCACUCAGGCUUCAGUACCAACACAGCAUUUGUGGAUCAGUAUGGAUGAAGGACGACACUGGGACAGGUUCAGUUUUUCCUCCGCUCCUCUGUUUGUUGAUGGAGUUCUGAUGGAGCAGGACACCCAGAAUUACAUCAUCACGUUUUUUGGACAUGCAAGUUUUCUGUCUGAUUGGCAGCUGGUGAAAACUGAUUGCAGAGCUUUAUUCAGCAGGAAGUGCACAGAGGGGGACUAUCAGACAUGGCAUCUACACAACAAGGGGGAAGUGUGUGUGAUGGGGCAGAGGCAGGUGUAUAUGAAGAGGAGGCCGGGGAUGCAGUGUGCCAUCGGGCCGGACAAUCCCAGAGUCAUUUCUGCUGAUUCCUGCAUCUGUACACUCUAUGACUUUGAGUGUGAUUACGGCUUCGAGAGGCAGGCGAGUGGGAGGUGUGUACCUGCGUUCUGGCACGACACACAAACACCUGCACACACCUGCAGCCAAGGACACAGCUACCUGAACAGCACUGGGUACAGGAGGGUGCACUCUAAUAACUGUAAGGAGGGUCUGAAAGAGGCUCUGAGCCCCAAACUGCAGCAGUGUGAGGAAACUCCGCCCAGCGGCCUCCAGCUCCAAACCAGCAACACACUGCUAACGGCUAUCCUCGGCACCAAUGUCACCUUCAGAGUCACUCUACUGCAUGGUGAUUCUGUCUCUACGAGUCUGCAUUUGGAUUUCGGAGAUGGAAUAUCGGUAUCAUACUCCAAUUUCAGUCGUGUUGGCAACGGCAUCAGACAUGUGUACAGAACAGCUGGGAUAUUCAGGGUCACUGCACAUGCUCAGAACAGCCAGGGCUCUGACUCCACCUCCCUCUACCUACAUAUCACAAGUCCAGUAGAGCGAAUCACUCUCUCGGCACCAGUGGUCGCAAUUAAGGGGCGAAAGGCUAACUUGACUGCAGUGGUUUGGCCCAAUCAGCCUCUGACCGCCGCCUUCUACUGGUGGUUCAGCAACGGCUCCGAGCCUCUGAUCACUCUGGAGGGAAGUGUGUCGCACACUUUUGAGCAGGAGGGCCGGCACCUGGUGGUGGUUCAGGUUUCAGCGGGAAGUUUGGUACUACAGGAUUCUGAAACCAUCACUGUUACAGACUUCUUCCGUUCUUUGUUGCUGUCUUUUUCUCCAAACCUGGAGGAGCACAACCCCUCGGUUGCGGAGUGGAGGCAGGACGUGGGGAGGGUUGUCACGGCAACGCUCUCUCAGGUGUGCACAUUUCCAGAGGAGCGUUUGAUGGUGUCUGUGUUUCCCGGAUCUCCAACUGCAGCUGAACUCUUCAUCCUCCCAGAGAAAAACCUCAGCAAACCCAGAGCCGAGGAGCAACUCAAUAAGAUGCUGGAGGUAUUCAUUAACGCUCUGAACCAGAACCUGAUCCAGUUUGAUCUGAAACCCGACACUCGGAUCACUGUUUCUGUCACUCAGCUCACUCUGGCUCCGCUGGUGGACUCCAGUGCACUCCCUAGUGGCUCUGCAGCACUGAUGCUGGUGUCUCUGGCUUUCGUCGGUUUGGCUGUGUUCUUUAUCUACAAGUUCAAACGUAAGAUUCCGUGGAUCCACGUGCAGACUGAGGACACACAUGAGAAGGAGCCGGAGAUGAUCAGCGCUGUCGGCCAGAAUCAGAACAACAAACACACUCCGUACACACCCCGCAGCACCACACACAUCCCCUUCACUACCCGCAUCACCACACAGACUCCCUUCCCAUCAUGCCCUGUAGCACACAACCAGGCUCCUCCCUCACACACAACCCGGGACAUGAUAGAGGAGCUGGAGGCCCAGAACGGAGGAGCUUCCGGGUUUGGAGAGAGAUUAAGAAACAGAGAGAUUCCCAAUUGCACCAACGUGUGAUCUCAACCUCAUCGCCAAAACCUGCACUGAUCCUGUCUUUCUUUCUGUCUGUCUGUCUAUCUGUCUGUCUAUCCAUCUGUCUGUGUUUACAUUAGUUCUGCGGAAUGUGUUUUCUCUCUGCAGACUCGUCUAUUUCAGCUGUAAAUAAUGUUUAUUCUGUGGUUCUGUCACAGAAGGGAGUUUUAGCGUUAGCGACAUCGUUGGCGAAAGCUCAGUAGAU